AUGGCGGCAAACAGCAGCUGCAACAGUAGUGGUGUUGGUGGCGGUAGUACCAAUAGUGGCUACACUUUAAAUAAAUACAAAACUCAUUUGAACCAACAUCAUCACCCACUUCAUCAUCUUCAACAGCAGCAGCAACAGCAUUUUAGUGGCAGCAGUAGCAGUGGUAUUAUGGGUGGUGGUAAUGUUAGUAAUUGCAGUAGUGGUGGUGGCAGUGGUGGUAGUAGUGUUAUUGUUGGUGUUGACGUUGGUGUUGCCGCUGCUGUAGCAGCAGCUACCGCCCCUGCAGAGCCGGCUGCCUAUGCUUCCGUGGCUGUGGUUAAUGCCAACUCUACAAAUGGCAAUAGUAGCAAUAGUGUAAGACAACCAAAUAAAAGAAAAUUUUCCACUUUCUUUUAG